AUGACUGGCCGUGGCGGUGGCGGCGGUCGCCGCGUCUUGCUCCCUCCCAUUAACAUGAUCUUUAAGCUCCUUCAGUCAAACGCCAUUGUCAGUGUCUGGUUGUAUGAGCAACUUUCCAUUCGCAUCGAGGGCAAGAUUCGGGGAUUCGACGAGUUCAUGAACUUGGUCAUCGACGAUGCUGUGGAAGUAUCCCAGGUUACAAAAACCAACGACAAGGAGACGAGAAGACCGCUCGGACAAAUCCUGCUAAAGGGCGACAAUGUGUCGUUGAUUCAGAAUUUGUCAAGCUGA